UGACAGGAGGUUCCGAUCCAUUGUCGACUCGCAUAUGUGUGUGUAUUGUUGUACUGCACCGUCACGUUUAUUCUCCAUCUGCAAACCUUAUUGAACAAGAUCGAAGAAACGGUACGAUUCAAAGGUCAAAUAAGUGUUUUUCUUCGUCUUAAGGCAAGCGCGCUGUGUGGGUUGCGGUUGACGUCUGGAAGUAACUGCGAGGAUUAACCAAGACCUGCCGCCGACACCAGCUGCACCGAGCCGAGUGGCAUUCACAAGCCGCUCUCAGGAACGCGACUCCGGGAUCAAGGUCACCUAGCAACUUUGGCGGAGGACACAAGGAAGACGUCCUAAAAUGCCCGUGGCAACGACUUUUUCUGAUACCGUCAUGCAUCAGGCUUUGGACACGCUGAGUGACAGCAUCAGCUCGACAACUGCCAACGACCUGGACCUCAUCUUCCUCAAAGGCAUCAUGGAGAGCCCAGUGGCUCACGAGCACUUUGAGGAGCCCAAGCUGGAGGCGGUGAGGGAGAACAACGUGGAGCUGGUCCAGGACAUCCUCAAGGAGCUCAGCCCACUGGCGCACAGGAGCCAGGCAGCCGACGAGCUGGUCCGCAUCCUGAAGGAGCCUCACUUUCAGUCGCUCCUGGAGACUCAUGACUCCGUGGCCUCUAAAAACUACGAGACUCCGCCUCCCAGCCCUUGUACUUUCAUGGACGCAGCCCUUAACAACCAACCGGUGCCGCCUGACGCCGUGAGGAUGGUGGGCAUCCGCAAGGUGGCUGGCGAGCACCUGGGAGUGACCUUCCGCGUGGAGAGCGGCGAGCUGGUGAUCGCCAGAAUCCUCCACGGCGGCAUGAUCGACCAGCAAGGUCUGCUCCACGUGGGGGACAUCAUCAAGGAGGUGAACGGCAAGGAGGUGGGCAACGACCCCAAAGUCCUGCAGGAGAUGCUGAAGGAGGCGAGCGGCAGCGUGGUCCUGAAGAUCCUGCCCAGCUAUCAGGAGCCACACACACCCAGACAGGCUUUUGUCAAAUGUCACUUUGACUACGACCCGUCGCACGAUACCCUGAUUCCAUGUAAAGAGGCUGGACUGAGAUUCUGCAGCGGAGACAUUCUGCAGAUUUUCAAUCAGGAAGACCUGAACUGGUGGCAGGCCUGCCACAUCCAGGGAGGGAGCGCCGGUUUGAUUCCGAGUCAGCUCCUCGAGGAGAAGAGGAAAGCGUUUGUGAAACGAGAUCUGGAGCUCGUUACCUCAGGACCUUUGUGUGCUGGAAUGGGUGGCAAGAAGAAGAAAAAGAUGAUGUAUUUAACCACCAAGAACGCAGAAUUUGAUCGUCACGAGCUGCGGAUCUAUGAGGAGGUCGCCAAGGUGCCCCCUUUCAGAAGGAAGACGCUGGUUCUGAUUGGUGCGCAGGGCGUCGGGCGUCGCAGUCUCAAGAACAAGCUGCUGGUGCUCGAUCCUCAGCGGUACGGCACCACCAUCCCAUUCACCAGCCGAAAACCAAAGGUUGACGAGAGAGACGGUCAGAUGUAUUCCUUCAUGACACGCAGCGAAAUGGAGUGCGACAUCAAAAACGGCCGUUUCCUGGAGCACGGCGAAUACGACGGCAACUUGUACGGUACGAAAAUCAACUCCAUACACGAGGUGACGGAAACGGGAAAGAUCUGCAUCCUGGAUGUCAACCCCCAGGCUCUCAAAAUCCUACGGACGUCUGAGUUCCUGCCCUACGUGGUGUUCAUCGAGGCUCCCGAUUUUGAGGUCCUCAAGGCCAUGAACAGGUCGGCGAUCGAGUCAGGAGUGGUCACGAAACAGUUAACGGACUCGGAGCUCAAGAGGACGGUGGAUGAGAGCGAGCGCACCAAGAGGGCUUACGGACAUUACUUUGACCUCUGCAUCGUCAACGACAGCCUAGAAGCCACGUUCCGAAGUCUACGCUCCGCCAUGGAAAAACUCUCAAACGAGCAACAGUGGGUGCCUGUCAGCUGGGUCUUUUGAGUUUCAGUGCACAGCAGUAGAACGGCGGACCAUUCCCGUUGACGCCUCCCCCACCCUCAUUCAGGGGGGCAGAAAUGUGAAGUGGUUUCUUUGGACCGACUUGGUGUUGUACUUAAUUUGUCAUCAUUCUGUCGAUAUUGAAGCGGUUUUAGAGUUGGCUUUCGGUUUUUAGCACGGUCGUGUGAGUGGGUGUGUGCUAAGCGCCAACUUGCUAAGAAAUGUGGCGGGACAUAAUUUGCUCCAUGAUGUGGGACUUGUUGGCGAUUACCCCCACAAUUUGUUCUGUCCUAUAGGGAGGCAAAAAAAAAAAAAACAAUCUGAAAUACGCUCAACACAUCUUGAUGCAUCUGGGGCAAAUUGGAGCGUACUACUUGACUGUAGCCAGCAGGGGCGCAGUUGGUUCCGUCAACAACGGCAAGAAGCGAUAGGACGUUACCUUUGCGCAGGAGUUCAGAACAUUCAAAGAUUGGCAUUACAAAUAUUUUAAAAUGAACAUUUAAUCAGUAUUGAUUGUUACUAGUAGUUGACCAAGAAAAUGUAGUGGAAUGGCCAGUUCUUGUAAAGAGUCAUGUAUUUUAGGUAGGUCAGUCAUGGGUCGAAAUCUUUUAGCCUUCCAAAUUUCAAAUACCUAACGUAGUGUCAUGUUUACAUUGAAUUGUUACAAGACAGACGGUAACAUACCAAAUGUGAUAUUUGUAUGAAAUUCCAUGUAUUUUCCCACCCUAGCACCAUAUACUAGUAUGAUUGUAUUUGUUAAGAAAUGUGCUCUAUUUGUAUUUCGUCACUCAUCUGGAAAAUAGACAGCAAUAGAAACCUAUUGACACAAUGCGACAGUUAUCAAUAUCAACAAACUAGCCAAUAUUGACCACAACCUGUUUGGUUUACUGAGAAUUGCAAAGCAAGUAAACAUGAGAGAAGCAGAAAGUAGACAAAUGAAUUUGAAGACAAACAUUACAAAUUUCAAUCUGAGCUGAUUUGUCACAUACAAGCAGUCCAGUACAUAUUUUGCCUUAACAUUGUUUUAAAAAGCCAAGGAUUUACUGAAUAUUUAAAUACUUGUUCCACCAAUACUGGCAAUGUCUUCAUAUUUAUUUUAAGUAGUGUAAUAAAAACUAUACCAUCACUCA